UCGAAGCACUGCGGAGCGAAGUGGUUACUAAAAGCGUUGAAUUUAACAGAAGUUGCUCACCGGAAAAAUAACUGUCGUCACAAGGGAAAAGCACGAGGUUUUUGCAGUGAAACGUAAUAAUUUUAGUUUUUAAUUGAUUAGAAAGUAGUAUUUUGGGAUAAGACUGAAGUUUGCUCAUCUUGUUUGACUUGAAUCAGAAUUCAACGGUGCUAUCCAACUUCGAUCGACCGUGAUUAUUGAAUGUCUCUUGUUACUAGUGAAAGUGUGUGAUUCCGAUCCAAGUAACCAGUGAUAACGACGACGUGAAUUUUAGUACAUUCAUUAGCUGUCGGAUUGACAUUUACAAGCUGCAAAACUCCGAUAACACAUAAAAUUUUUCUUGCAAUACUUUCGGCUAGUCGAAGAAAACAGCGUCAGUGUCAUAUGAAAAUGUGUCAAUAUAGGUAGAGAUCGAACUGCGAUUAAUUACCUGGAAAAUGUGUCCGUUACGAAUCAUUCGAUAGCAUUUGUGUGCUUUCAUACGAAAGUGUCGAAGAGCCAGCUGCACUGUGAAAAAGUGAAGAAAAGGAACGUUCGUCAUUUGUGCAGUGUGAUUGAGUGCGUGUGUAGAAGGCGAAUAACGGUCGAAAAUUGAAAUCGGUGCCUGUUGAAGCGAGGAAGCGAAACCACAACAAAAAAAAAAAACAAUUCGUUAAAGGGAGUAGUGCAUUCGUAAUCAACUAUUUAAAACGGUAUUGUUGUCAUUGACGUCGGUGGAUCUAAUUUACCCAAGAAAUGGCUCCCGCCAAACAGAAUGGCAGUACAGCGCUUUUACCUCUUCUGAGGAAAACCAUAACCACAAGAUCAAAAGCAACCAACAACCAAAACCAUAAUCCAGACGAUCAUCAACCGUCGCAGCGUGGCAAGCGGAAAGCCGACCUCAGUCCGCUGAAAAACGACCGUGGUGUGAAACGGUCGGCCCUUGGCAAUUUGACCAAUGCCGUGGUGCACAAUGCGGAACUCGAAGCCGACAUCAAGGGUGGAAAGGGAACGAAUGCAAUCACGGUAACGAGUACCGGAGCCACCACUCUGAGCAAACAGGCUUCCCAGCUGCUCCACCAGUUGACUAAUAAUAUCGUCAACAAUAAGAAGACUGCAACAGGCAAGAAUGCUACGACCGUAAAGACGGAAGUGUUCACCAAACCAGACCCGGACGGACCGAAAACUCGGGCGGCAACGAAAAUUUUAACCCGUGCGGCCAGUCGGCAACAGCUUAGUGGGAAGAACACGGGAACUCGUGCUGCCAAACUUCAAACAUCCGCUGGUCACACUCUGAAAUCCGAACUUUCGGACGUAGCCAACACCAUCGUAAAAUCGAAAGAUGAAACUAGUUUUCAAGACAGUAAACUACAAACCAUCACGACUGCUGCCAAUCAGCUGAUAAAGCCAAAGCGUAGAAUAUCCAAUGAAUUUGAGAAAACGGAUGAUAGUUUGUAUGUGUCAGCCUUGGAGGACAUCACUUCUAGUGGAUCACUUAGGUUGUCAGAUAAUUUUCUGAAACCCGCUUCACGCUCAGACACACCAAGUAAUACGUCGACUGAAGACAAAGAUACAUCAUCACCGCGCAAACGGACGCCCGAUGAUGUGGAAGACUAUGAUUUUGCAAAUUGGAACGACGUGUUUCAGGUUUCUCACUACGCUCAGGAUAUUUUUGUAUAUCAGAAAGAACGUGAACCGCACUUUGUCAUCCCAGAUUACAUCGCCAAACAGCCACAUAUUAGCAAGUGGAUGAGAGCUCUUCUCGUCGAUUGGAUGGUAGAAAUCCAAGAGUCGUUUGAGCUGAAUCACGAAACUUUGUACCUAGCAGUGAAGAUUGUCGAUAUAUAUUUGUCGCGGUCGGAGAUACAGAAGGAUUCAUUGCAACUGCUAGGUGCUGCCGCACUGUUUAUCGCAUCCAAAUAUGACGAACGAGUCCCACCGACGGUCGAUGAUUUUCACUACAUUUGUGAUGGGGCGUACCAGCGACGUGAGAUGAUUUUGAUGGAGAUGACCGUGUUCAAAACGAUUGGCUAUGAUCUGGGCAUUCCGUUGUCGUAUCGAUUCUUGCGACGAUAUGCUCGCGUAAACCGAAUCGAUAUGCCGGUUCUCACUCUGGCUCGCUACAUCCUGGAGUUCACUUUAAUGGAUUAUUCCAUCGUCCAGCUGAGGGAUUCGAAGCUGGCCUGUGCCGCACUAUUCAUCGCUAUGCGGAUGAGUAAUAUGCCCGGCUGGAACAAGACGCUAGAGUUUUACUCAGGUUACAAAAUCGAAGAUUUCGCCGAGAUCGCCAUUCUGCUGAACAACAUCAUGACCCGCAAACCGAAGGAAUCUCUCAACACCGUUCGCCACAAGUACUCCCACGAGCUGUUCUUCGAGUCGGCGAAAAAACCCUUCAUCACCGAUCUGACUAAGCUGUUCGACACGACCGACUACCAGCCGGCAUCGGCAUCACCGGCAUCGAUGACUCCUACCGUGUCCGUCAACAGCAGCGUACCUCCACCGACCACAGCGACUAGAUCACAUCAGUCACAAACCGUGAACAAGAAAUCAACUAGCACUACCACCACCACCACCACAGUCUGAAAAAGAGAGAAAGGAAUAAAUGAACUGUUGUUACUGGUGGCAAAGAAGAUUUGAACGUUUACGAUUCACUCGGUACUUUGUGUUCUUUUAAACACUUGAUUGUGAACGGUGCUGUACUCCGUGCGGCAGUGUCAACCCGUUCCGAAUUUGUGUAGUUAGUCGAUAUAAAAAUUAUAAAAUAUAUUUUUAUCAGUUUAAUUAUUGUGGCAAAUUUUGUCCAAUAACGACCAAAUAUGGAUAAAAAAAAGAACCGUUUUUCCAGUUUAAUUUUUUCUUUUGGGUUUGUUUAUCCCUAAACACAUACAAUUUAUUGGAUUUUUUUCCCGUUAUAAUGAUGUUCGAAAACAUUUAAUUGAUUUUAUCACAUUUAUUCAAAUGAAAAAAUUGAAUAAUUUAGAACGAGGCGAGUUUUGCGCAUCCAGACAAAGCAACUGCCAUUUUCGAUCUCAAAAUAUUAGUGGAAAGUGAACAAAUAAGGUUUAGAACUAUGACAAGGUUGCCUCUCGAGAAGUAGAACCUUAUCAAUCGAUCAACGGAACUCUCAUAAAAAAUCACCGAGCGGAAAUAAUUUAUGAGGAAAGCAACAGUUCAGUGGUAAAUUGGUAUGUGACGAACAAGAUGCUGAAAAAACACAUGUUUGAUAGUACAUAAAAUAAACAGUAAAAAUGAACAUCAGUUGAUUUGUAACGAGACCAUGGUUUUUUUUCAUCGUGCUUCGUAUGUUAUUCAAGUGUACAUGAAUUGCAUCGUUAAUUCCCUCCUCAAUAAAGACUGUUUGCUA